AGAAGCGGAUUGCUGCCAUGCGCCAGUUGCGGCAGGAACGUAGCGAAAGUGAUGCUCUCUAUAGGUUGGGCGCCCCCUCCCUUAUCAGUGACUACGAAAGUGACGCGAGAAUGUCUACCCCGCCGGAAUCCGUUUCUGAUGAGAAAGCUGAGAAGGCCAUUCUAGUCUCCCAGGCGAUUUCUCAGGAAGUGAGUCUGAUGGUGCUUGAGUUAUACGAUGUUUUCCUUUCCUUGAAGUGCCCUCGUGAGACCCCUGAACUUCGGGAGAAGUACUGCCGAGUUUUGCUGUCCGUUUUAAAAAACAAUCAAACCGAACCGAUCCUACUAAAAACUUUUUCUGCGCUGCUCGUUUUCAUCAAUGACAAGCCCGAUUUGUUGUUUAGUGGAAGCGUGGAUCUCUGCUUUUCACUCUGCAGAGAGUUCGUCAGGUACUGCAGCUCCCGCAUAUCCUCCAUACGCAACAAGGCUGUCGUAUGCAUAUACGCCCUCAUGCGUGCAAAUUACGAGUACACCCGGAGCAAUAUCACCAGAACUUCGGUGCAGUUGGCUAUGGCAGUAAGUAGAGUUCUCGCUAGCUUUAAUAAGGAGAGCGCCGAGUCCAUCCGACAGUCGCCAUGUCCCUCCAGAGACGGCGUUAACUUUUUUUUGACCAAUGUGCGUCUUCUUUGCCAGUGGGACACUGCCAUAAAAGCUGCGUUCAAGGAAAAGUUUAAUCUUGUGAUCGACAAUAUGACGCGCAUCUACCGGGACACCAUCCGCAUGCUUGAGAACAGCGAUGAUCCCUACUUGUACAGCGACAUGCAGUAUCGGAUCGCUGAAGGCUACCGCAAUUCGCCGGACCUGCGGCUUACGUGGCUCCAAAACAUCGAAGCUUUCCAUCAAAACGAACAAAACUUUGCGGAGGUCGCCAUGUGCAGAGUCCAUAUGUGUGCACUUAUAUCUGAGUAUCUUUUCACAACCAACUACUCCCAAGGGCUGCCCUCCGGCGCCUCUGCUUUUUAUUCCGUUUCGCCAAAUGUGAAUGACGAGAGCGCGGUUCACUCAAGUUUUGAGAACGAAGAAGGUCUCUCCUGUAGUUCUGAGUUUUCUGAGCAAGGCUUCAGUGUACUCCUCGAGAGUUGCCGGUCAGCCCUCCAGAAGGCCGACCUAUACGAAUUAGUUCUUAAGAUUGGUAAAAUACACAUUGCGCUGCUAGAGAAAGAUCGCAUGUAUGAGUGGAUGAAGGUCGUCUACUUGGCGAUGGCGGACACCACAGAUUCCGUUAUUAGUGCCAAUAAAGACAAAAGAUUACUGGGCACGUACUUUCGGGUGCGCUUUCGGGGUCCCGCCUUUACCGAGAUGAGUGAAAAGGAAUUUAUUUAUAAGGAGCCAAAGAUAACUCCGUUGGCGGAUAUCACGCUUAGAUUGGAAAAGUUUUAUAAAAACAAGCUGGGAACUUCUGCCUUUGAAAUCUAUCAAGAGGCCAACGAGCUAGAAAGUGCAAAGCUAGAUUUAAAAAAAAAUUAUAUUCAAAUAACACACGUGCAACCCUACUUUGAUGAGAUCGAAGACAGAAACCGCAUGGGAGAAUUUGAACGCUCUAUUCAUCUUAAGCAGUUUGUGUACGACGCGCCGUUUACACCGGGGGGAAAGGCGCACGGACUUCUCCACGAGCAGUAUAAAAGGCGCACCAUUAUGCAAACGUCGCAUUACUUUCCUUACCUGAAAAGGCGGAUCACUGUGGUCUCUCGGGAGAGCUUCGAUCUCGAGCCUUUAGCAGUGGCUCUUGAAGAGAUCCAAAAGAAGUGCAACGAGCUCUCCGCUGUAACUACCACGUUUCCUGUGAACAUCAAGCUCCUUCAGCUGGUCUUGCAGGGGACAGUGAGUGUCUCUGUAAACGCCGGGCCGAUGGCUAUCGCAAAGACCUUUUUGGGAAACGAGUUGAAAAUAAACUAUGACCCCCAAAAGCAACGCAAGUUGCGCCGGUUAUUCAAGAAUCUCGUCUCUUACUGCCAAACAGCAGUUCAGCUUAACUUUCAGAACUCCCCUGCGGAUCAGGCGCUGUAUUCACAGGAUUUAGCUAUUAAGUUUCAAAGCUUGAAAGAAGCACUAUCGCCUUAUAUAGAGUAGAGAUAGAGAUCCUCUUUAAAUUUGUA